AUGGACUGCAAAGGCACAGCUGUGCUUGGUUCAAUUGGGCACAAUGCACCAGAAUACCUCUCCACUGGAAUGUCUUCGGAGAAGUCUGAUGUCUUUGGUUACGGUGUGAUGCUUCUUGAACUAAUGACUGGACAGAUGGCUUUAGUUCGUGCACGACUUGGCAAUGAUGAUGAUGUCAUGUUAAUUGAUUGGAUAGGGCUAGCGAAAGACAAGAAAUUGGUAACACUAAUGGAUGCUGAGUUGGGCGAUGAAUAUAAUGAAGAGGAGGCAGAGCAUUUAGUCAAAGUGGCCUUGCUAUGCACUCAAAACUCGUUUAUGGGAAGACCAACGAUGUCUGAGGUGCUAAGGAUGCUUGAAGGUGAUGGGCUUGAGGAAAAAUGGGAUAAAUGGCAGAAAGACGAGACGUGUCCAUUAGGUAAUGGAACCCUUCUUUGCUACUCCCAAGUGACCUUCUCUCGUUCGCCAAUUCUAGACUCAGAUUCAGAUAUCCUCCCAGAAGAACUGUCAGGUCCUAGAUGA